AUGGCGUUUUCUAAUUAUUGUUUCCUCCUGUCUUUGGUCCUAGCAUUAUCACUAGCAACCACAAGCCUUGCAGCGCGCAACAUUUUGGACACACCAGCAUUGCUAACUCUGCAAACUCAACCAACUCUGCCAAAGCCCACAUUGCCAAUGACACUACCUGAUCAAACCACAUUGCCACAAUUGCCAAGCACCCAGAUACCAUCUUUGCCAAUUCCAAAAUUCCCAGCCAUCCCCACAAUUCCCGAGUUGACACCCUCCGAUGACAACUCCAACCUUCUUCUCCCACUUCCCUUCAAUGAGAACCACUAG